AUGUACAUCAAGCUCUGCACCCCUUCUGAAAUUACUCAGUGGGCUAGGUAUAUUUGGAACAGAUUGUCUGUUCCUAAGCAUAGAUUCUCCCUGUGGCUAGCCUUGUUGGAUAGGCACAAAACCAAGUAUAGGCUUCAUCAAUAUGGCAUCAGCACUGAUAAUCUAUGUGCCAUUUGUGGUUCUGCCCCUGAGACCAGUGCUCAUCUCUUUUUUGAGUGCUCCUACAGUUUGGAUUGUUUGGCUGCAGUUACAGAUUGGCUAGGUCUGUCUUGCACUAGGAAGAAUUUUCUUCAGAUUCUGAACUGGACUAGAAGGUACUGCAAGAGUGCUUUCAAGAGAAAGAUCAUUUUUGCUGCUGUUGCAGGCUUGGUUUAUGCAAUUUGGAGACCUAGGAAUACUUUAGUUUGGGAGGGAGCAGUGCCAGCUGUUGCUACUGUCAUCCAAACUUUGAAGUAUAGUGUUAAACAAAGAGCUAUUCAGUUGUGUCAAGAUAGAAUUAAUGAGUUAGAUAAGAGCUGGUUGUUUGCUUUAUAG